CCCGCGCACGUCCCUUCCCUAAUUGCUCAUCGUGUACGUCCACGUGUCCAAUUCAGAUAAUCCGAACUGUCCGAUCCUUCCCCUCUCGCCUCGAAAAUUUUGAUUCCAUUAAUGCGACUGGCGCCCUCGGACGUACAUCAGCCGUCCGAUCACAAAUGGACGCCUCACCUCAGUCGAAGGCACGGGUACCUCGUUUUUCUAUUUCGUCUAUUUUCCCCCAAAUUGUUUCGAUCUGAACCCUAGAGGCAUCGUGAAAUCGAAACCCUAGAUCGUCGUUUUCCAGGACAAGAAAAAUUACCCCGAAAAAGGCCGGUAGAUCAAGGGGCUUCUGCACUGGAAGGUUCGUAUUUGGAUCGAGAAGCCGUUUCCUAAGGAAUUGCCUGGAUCUAUUGUACAGUGUAGCAGUUCUUUGGUGCAAUCUAUGGGUGUUUCCUAUCCUGAUCCGAAAUUAGGGUAUUCAUUCGAUUUUCCUGUAUGAUGGACGAUGAAAUUUGGGGAUUAUCUUUUCUUUUCCUUGGAUUGAGUCAUUGUAGAUGGAACGCAGUGUCGAGAAGACCGAUGCAUAUGAUAUCCCUCGGAAGUCUAGGCCUUUGGAUUCUCUGAGCGUUGCUACUGGAAAAUAUACAACGCCAUCUGCAAAAUUGCGUCCCAAGGAUAGGGCUUCAGUUGCAGCCCCUCAAUCGAAAGUUCUGAAGCGCAAAAGGAGCUCUUCUUUACAUAAUGGAGCCACUUCAGAGUUUAGAAAGAGGAGUGGGAAAGAGGUCUCCUUGAACAGUUUUGUUAAGAGCAAUGGAAAGGGUAAGCUUAAGGCGGCUGUUGCAGGGUUUAAGGCAAAUGGAUUGGCUUCUGAUGUAUGUAAGCAAGAGAAACGAAGCUCGUCAAAUGUUGCUGUGAAGAGUUUGAGAAUUGUGAGCGGUUCCUCACAUCACGUUGGCAAUGAUUUUACUUUAUCUUCUGGAAAGGAUGAAAAUAAACCAUCUAGUGCUAUUGGUUUACACAGAUCAAAUUGUUUGGAAGGUGGCAUCAUUAUCACAAAGCGGCCUCGCGGAGUUCUGCGUCGAAAAAAAAAUGUGCAGUCUGUUAACUCAUACAGAGAUAUAGUUGGUGCUUCUUCCAAUACAAGGAGUUCUACUGAUCAGAGGAGUAAUAAGCUGUCUGAAUCACAGUUUCAAAUCCAUGAGCCGAAAAGGAAGCUGACAGAUUUUAAAGAAAAUGCUUCGACUAACAAUGUUUCUCAUAGUUGCACAAGGAAUGCUGGUAAUUUGGAUCCUGUCAAGGCUACAGAAAGGCGAUUUGAAGGCAGAAAGGAGCAUGAUUCCAAUCUUUUGGAUAAUAAAGGUUUUCUUCUUAAUUCUCUUAGAGUUUUUCCCGAUGAUGAUGAAGAUAACCUCGAGCAGAAUGCUGCUCGAAUGCUUUCAUCCAGGUUUGAUCCAAGUUGUGCUGGAUUCUCUCAUCAUAGCAGGGGGGCAACUCUAAAACAAGCAAAAGAAUCAUCCCUGGUGUUGUCUCGGAGGAAUUCAAAUGGUUCUGGUGUAGAGAGAAAUGACACUGGUAGGGUGUUAAGGCCAAGGAAACAUGGAGGCAGAGGUUUUGUGAGGAAGCGUCGUCAUUUCUAUGAGGUAUGCUCCAAUAAUAUGGAUCCUUAUUGGGUUGUCAAGCAGAGAAUCCGAGUGUUUUGGCCCCUGGAUAAGUGUUGGUACUUUGGUCUUGUCAAGGAUUAUGACCCUAGAACAAAGAUGCACCAUGUGAAAUAUGAUGACCGUGAUGAAGAAUGGAUUAAUCUUCAAAAUGAAAGAUUUAAACUUUUGCUUUUUCCUAGUGAGGUAGCUAAUAAAUUCAGUCAUGAAGGGUCAAUUAAAGAAGCAAAAAAUCGGGAUAAGCAAGGACAUAAAAGAUCUGGGAAUGAUCUUUCUACUGGAGGCUUGGUAGAAACAGAACCCAUCAUUUCAUGGUUGACUCGUUCGACUCGCCGAGAAAGGCCAUCUGCUCUUGGUAUCGUAAAGACGCAACGAAGAAUCUUGUUGGCUUCCAAAGGGUUCAAACGUGUGGGCAUACCGAAUGCAUUGCCUAGUUUAUCUUCUAGUUUAUUGGAUGAAUCAGCUGAGGAUGGCAUCUCCCAAAACUUAAUUUGCUCUGAGGGUAGGAAGUUACCUUUUGUUUAUUUUAGAAGACGCAUCCGGAAGGAUAGUGGGUGCUUGGGAAACAUUGUGGAGAGGAAUUCUGAUCAUGUAGGUUGUGGCGGGCCUAUUAGCUUGCUUGCUUCAUUUGCUGACACAGAGUCGGCUCUGAAAAAGCUCUACAUUACUUUGAUACCACAGGUGAUGACAAAGGUUACUUUAAGGUUAAGCUCACCAGUAUUUGGCUGCUGUCAAAGCAUGCUUGGAUCUGAUAAUUGGUUGAUGCGCAGAAGUCUCUUUCUUCUUCAUAACUACAAACUGAUGCAAUUAUUGCCACUUGUCCGUAUGGAGGUAGGUUUUGUGGAUAAUCUCAGUCUAAAACUCUUUUUAUUUGAAGGAUGUUUAAGUUGGGCAGUAGCUUUUCUGUCCCAGACAUUGCGAGAAAAUUAUUGCCAUAAAAAUUCACACACACCUUCGGCUGAGAUUAGGCCAUUGAAAAAAAUUAGAAUUAACUUGUUGAACUUGCACAACAAUCAUCAGAAACUUGAUUUUGUUGUGGAUGGUUUUGUGGAGAGUGACUCAAGGUGGAGAUACCUCGAAAUGAAACUUCUAAGAUACUGCAUCAGGUUUAAGGAAUUGUCUCUUGGUGAUUGUGCUUAUGCUCAUUUCAAAAGCCAAUCAAUAAGAUGUGACAGAACACUUGUUCAACUUUCUAAGGAGGCAGUUGUAGUUGAGGACGGUCAAGAAAGCAAAUACAAGUCAAACUACAACCCUGUUGAGGAGUCAGAUCAAGUUUCAGAUAUCACUCUUGAGAAUUUCGGUUCCUCAAGCACUGUAGCUACUGAUUCUAAACUGUCUAGUUUUGGUCACUUGCGAGUAGAUACUGAUGCUCUCUCUCUAAGUAAUGAUGGAGACUGUUUGAUGUCCUCUCAUGAUUACAUGAGUAUUGAGGUUAAUGUUGGUUCAUGUUCUGUACGAUACAGUGAUGUUGGAAAAAACUCAAGUGAUGAGAUGUUGGUUCGAUUUCACAAACUUCCAGAGCAUUCAAGGUCUUAUAAACAUCCUGAGAAUUUGUGCUCUUCGUGUCCUGGUGAUCCUUCUUCUCCAGACAAAUCUGAAGGUGGGUGCAUUUCUAGUUCAAAAACCACUGGCAUGCAGACUCUAAGAGGUACUAGGGCUGAGGAGCGAACCCUUUACAGGGGAACACAAGAUACGCACUCAACAUCCAAACUACUUUGGGACAUGAAUGAGAAUUCUAUUCACACUCCUAAUGCAACUGCUUCACAGAGUGUAUGGCAUCACAAUCGACACAUUUUAGUUUCACCUAUAUUGGGUAGAUCAACACUAUGGUCAGAAGAUUUCAUCCAAAGUGGGUUAUUUAACACAACUAAAAAGCCUCGUACCCAGGUUUCAUAUCCAGUACUCAAUAGAGGUCAUGAUAUUAGAUCAAAAAGCCGGAUUUAUCACAGGAAAAGUUCUAUUUAUAAAAAGUUCAAAGCUGAUUUGCCUAAAAAACUUACCGUUGGCUUGGACAGUCACAGGAGCUUCCAGGAGUCACUAACUUGUCACGCCAAUGUUCUCAUUACAACUGAGGAUCGAGGAUGGAGAGAGUUUGGGGCUGAGGUUAUUGUUGAAUCUGAUGAUCAGAAGGAUUGGAAGAUAAUGGUUAAGCUGGCUGGGAUUACCAAGUUCUCCUACAAGGCACAACAGGUUCUGCAACCUGGCAUUCCAAACCGCUAUACUCAUGCCAUGAUGUGGAAAGGAGGAAAGGAAUGGAGUUUGGAAUUUACUGAUAGGAACCAAUGGUUUCUUUUCAAAAUGAUGCAUGGGCAUUGCUUCAAUCAGAAUAUAAGGGCUGCCUCUGUGAAGAAUAUUCCCAUACCUGGUGUUCGAUUGAUUGAUGGUGGGAAUGAGAGCUUUACGGAAGUUCCUUUUGUUCGCAAUUCAUCAAAGUAUUAUCAGAUGGUCGGAACUGAAGUUGAGACGGCACUGGAUCCUUCUCAUGUGCUCUAUGAUAUGGAUAGUGAUGAUGAAAAGUGGAUUUCAAAAUUCAGGGACUCGUUGGAUAAUAAUGAAAGUACGAAGUUUGAAGUGACUGAUGAUAUGUUUGAGCGGGUGAUGGAUAUGUUUGAGAAAGUUGCUUAUGUAAAACAAUGUGAUUGCUUGACCGAUGAUGAAAUAGCAGAAUUCAUGGCAGAUUUUGGUUCAUUAGAUAUAAUUAAAGCUAUUCAUGAAUUAUGGCAUGAAAAGAGGAGAAAGAAAGGCAUGCCUCUGAUUCGACAAUAUCAGCCUCCUCUUUGGGAGUGCUACCAACAGCAACUAAAAGAAUGGGAGCUGGCUAUGAUAAAUUUGCACUGCCCAGCAAAUGAGUUCCAAGAGAAGGCUACCGCUCCUGAAAAUCCUCCUGAGAAACCUCCCAUGUUUGCUUUCUGUUUAAAACCACGAGGUCUGGAAGCUAACAAAGGUUCAAAGCAGAGGUCUCAUAAAAAAUUGAUGUACAGUGGGCAUCACAGUUUAUUUGCAAGAGAACACGAUGGGCUCCAUGCUUCUGGGAGAAGAUUGAAUAUUUCCUCUGUCGGGGAUGAGAAGGCUUUGUUUGCUAUUCCUACUUAUGAAGGCUUUCAGUCUACUCAGUGGCUUCAGUCACCCUUGAGUUUCUCCCCAAGGGAUGCAAGAACUGCAAUUCUGAUGGCUAGUGAUGUUGUGGAUAGAAAUCAUUAUCCAAAGCUUUUUAGAAACUUUUCAAAGAAAAAUGGGGUGCAUCAUACUCCUUGGGAUUCUUCAGUCAUGCCUUUAUCAUGCCCUGAAAAGUCAAAGAGGAAUGGAGUUUAUCGUUUUAAUUCUGAUACAUUGGAAUGGCCAAGCUCAAAGCAUUUGCAGCCAGAUGGUGUUCAGAGGCAGCAGCCUGAUAUAAAUGAGUUCAGGCUGCGUGAUGCAUCAGGUGCAGCUCAACAUGCAUCCAAUAUGGCCAAGCUUAAGAGAGAAAAGGCACAGUGGUUGAUGCAUAAAGCAGAUCUUGCACUUCACAAGGCCGUGGUUGCUAUUAUGACAGCAGAUGCAAUAAAGACAUCUCAAAAGGACUUGAUUGGUGGCGAAUAAAUUUGCAGUCGUCAGAUGCAGGUUAUAGACAAGCAAAUCAAAAUUCAUAGAUGCAUUUGCUCGUCAUUUUGCUAAAUUCAUGAUUGAGACGGGCGCUGCUAGUGACAGGAUGAGCAGAGAAAGAUGGUUUGAUUUUGGGAAUCUCGGCCUUCUGGUCGAUUUAACUAUUUUGCCUUUUCUGCUGUAGAAAUUCUCCAUUAAAUGGUGGGGCUAUACGGCUCUGUUCAGAAGAUGACUUGUAGUUUUUCUGGUUGAUAAUUUUGUACAUAAAAUUUUCCUUUUUUGAGCCCUUAUUUUAUUUUGCAAAUAUGCGCCAAUGAUAGUGCUGUUGGCUUAAAAAUAAUACUACAUUUGGAGGCCCUUGAUGCUCAUCUAAUUGACUAUGGUUGUGUUUGUAGGGAAAUACUCAAAUACAGAUGCAUUAAAAGCUUUUGCUUAAAUGCAGGAAUUCUGCCAGUUUGAUGUUUCUGAAAAUAGAAUGUAAGUGUUUUCAUUGAUAUUUUUCUAAUUGUUAUACAAUAUUCUGUUUGUAAAA